GUGGCGGUCGGCAAGCGCACGGCUCCCCUCAGCCACCCGGCCUCACACGUCUCUCCCCUCGGCCACGCGUGUACUAGUCGUGCACUCCCCUCCGUCUACGCAGCAUGUCCACGCGUUCAUAACAGCCUGACUGUUCCCCUCGAAAGCGUAAUUAUUUUAUCGUUGCUAUAACGGAUAACGAAACGUGAGCAUCCCUCCGGCUUUACGCCCUGACUCCCGGCAGUCGAGAUGAGUGUGGAACUUUGGAAUGUUUGAUCACUGUAAGAGAGAAAAGAAAGAGAAAAGAUUGUUUUCAGAUGAAAUGCCAUGUCGAGGACUAGCGAGUUGUGAGCUGCAAGAAGAUAGUUUUGGACAAGUAAAUCACCCGGCAGUCCAACAUUUUGUUUUGUCGCACGGCAGAGUGCAGACCUGCCACCCAGGUCAAACUAACCAGGAGCUGACAAUUGGUGGCAACUUACCCGCGAAAUUCAGCUGCUGGUAACAACUCAAAUACCUACCAAAAAAAGAAGCCAAAUUUUUGUUUUAGUGUUCCAUAGUUCUUGAAAAAUCCAUGGAACCUCAUGGAUAGUGGGCAGUGAAUAAUUGUGGUGUAGUUUAGUGAAUAUUUUGUAUCUUUAAAAAAAGAAAGAGAGAGUACAACCAGCCCACCGUUCCUUGGUUGUGCUAAAGAUAAACGAAGGAAUACAGAAAAUCACAGAGAAGAAUUAUCGAUUCUUCAGGAGCACCUUCACUAUGGACGGCUUCAGGAGAUCCACAAGCGCUUCCUUGCUGGCGAUCCUCGUGGCCCUCUCCCUACACACAGCUAGUGGCGCAGGGCGAGCAGGAGGCCACGGCGUGUGGAAGAGGGCGUCAAUGGACGUGGGUUUUACGGAGGGCGUGGACAACCAGACGGUGGUGGUGGGACGCAACGCGACGCUCAGGUGUUCGGUCCAAAACCUUGGCGAUUAUAAGAUCGCGUGGGUGAAGGCCGACUCGCAAACGCUCCUUUCCAUUGCCAAGACGAUGAUCACACGGAACUAUCGCGCUAGGGUCUCCAACAGCGACAACAGCACGUGGUUCCUGCACAUCAACAACGUGAGACUCGCUGACCGGGGUUACUACAUGUGCCAGAUCAACACAGUGCCCAUGGUGUUCAGGCAGGGCUACCUCGAGGUCGUAGAUCUUCAUCUUAAUCUUCCAUCCCUCUCAAAGAUGCUUCCCAGGGCUAAGAAAGUUACUGUAUGCUACCCGUUUGGCUAUAUGAAUCCCUUUCCUGCGGAGAAAAGAUGUUCUGUUUGGGCCCUUGAUGGGGUACACUUUAUAGAGAAGCUUAGCUUGGACUCCAAGCUCAUAGGCAGAGUAAAGAACCUCUCCAGCAGAUUAAUGCUAUGUUUAGAAUAUAACUCUAGUGGGAACUUUGAAGGGAUCAAUAUUCCGUGCCUUUGGCGACUCUGCCCAAUUCCCUCGCGCCAGACAAAUACCUCCGUCGCUGCACAAGCGUUGCGCCAUCAGACUUCUUUGAUCAUGGCGGGCCAGGGGAGACGAAGCCCCCAGAAAAUAGGAGUGUGCGUAACUGUAGUUAACACAUUGACUGAUGUUAUCACAAUUUCUCUAGUACCCAUCAUGCCUUCCUCUACUAUGGGGGCCAAUAUCGUGCUAGCCUUCGUUGGGCGAAAGGAACCGAAGCCCGGAUUUCACUUGCGAAAACCGAACGACGCUAACCCGCAGCUCCAAAUUGCAAAGCCUUUUCCCCAUGCCAUUGUUAAGUCAGAAGAGUUAACGCAGAACUUCGGCUCUUCAUCCAGCGAAACGGAGAGUGUGGAAGAAGUGAAAAGGACGACCGGGAUCCUGUCGUUCAAGGCGGUCAAGCGGACGGACAUGGGGCACUACCUGUGCAUCGCCUCCAACACGGUGCCGCCCUCCGUCAGCAAGCGGGUCGUCCUCAACGUCAGAUAUCGAGAGCCGGAGGUGGAAGUGAACCUGCAGAUGAUCGGCGUGUACCGGGGCGACGACGUGGCCAUCAACUGCACCGUGACAGCCUACCCGCGCCCCGUCGUGCUGUGGCAGGAUAGCUUCGGGAAAAUGAUCAUCUCAGGCGGACGCUACGAAGUGGUCGAGAAACUUCUGCGCGAGAGUCCUCCAGUGAUCCAGACGUCGCUGAUCAUAAAGAGCCUGCAGCCUGAGGACAUCACCAGCUACCGGUGCAACGCCUCCAUCGAUAACGAUAAGAUGAAGGAGAAGAGCGUCACGGUGCAGCUCAAUGAGAUCAUGAGGCCGUCUACAGAAUCUUCGUUCAACCAAGACAUCCAUUAUAAAGGCACGUACCUCCAUCCGAGCAUCGGGCACGUGAACUCCGACGACCCCUCCAACACCUCGGGCAUCGGGCAGUCGCGAUGCUGCAGCUCCAGAUUAAUCUUCGUCUUGGUCGGCUGGGGGAUGGUCUGCCAAGUCCUAAGGGGACGUGCAUGAUUUUUAACGUGAUGAUGAUAAUUAUGUAAAAUAAAACUUUAUUUUUACUGGUGAUAAUUAUAGCGAACUUGUUGCUAUUUCUAAGAAAAUAACGAAAAACUCAUGAGUAUUGUAUACACGUUGUCAUAGAUACAGCUCAUGCACAAGGCAGUGCCAUGGACACGUGUUGAUGACAAGCUACUAUCUGAAAAAGCAAAGUGAAAGGGAAGGAAAGAAAAGAGGAAAUAAAGGCGGAGUGUAAGUAACAGUGAUGACGGGGAGAGGAAUACAGUUGCAAUGAAAAACAAAUGAAUACUGACAACAAUAAAGUGAAAAUGAAAAGGAACAUUCCGAUUCCCAGGCGAAAGCGACAUUAAAACCCAUUUUAACAAUAAUAAGUAGAUUGAUGAUUUGCAAAAUGAAAAUUCCAUUUAUUGCUAUAAGUGAGAACAAAAUUAUAUUGUCCUUUAUAUAGUCUUCGUGGUCAUAUUCCCGGAAAGAUACUCAGUGUGGGAAGAAGCUGUAUUCCAAAGUCUGACAAUAGAGUACACUAUUUCCUCCAAGAAGUACAAUCUGAUUUCAUGUCUUCAAAGGGUAAUCAGACUUACAAUUAUAAAGGUGAUCCUGUAGACAGAAGAUGAGACGAUUUGGGAGAAAGGAAGACGGCAGGGGACUUAAGAAAAUUAAAGAAAGAUGAAAGAGGAAAAGAGAGAGAGGGAGAGAGACAGACAGACAG